UGAUAUGUAGUUUGGAGUCACCAAAGACUCAGAAGUGAACGUAUCCGCGCAUACAUACCGCUCUGAAACAUUUUUUAACGUUUUCAUUCCAUUCAUUUUAUGACUUUAUGACUAAGUAGUUUCUAUUUUUUUAAAUAACGAGACAACAACAAGAUGGAGCUUAAUUCCUUGUUAAUUCUGCUGGAGGCUGCAGAGUACUUGGAAAGAAGAGACAGAGAAGCAGAGCACGGGUAUGCCUCGGUUUUACCGUACAGCGCCGAGUUUUCCCGAAAGAAAACGAAAGCCUCGCCAAUUUCCAAAAAAACUCAGAAUAAUAGAUCGUCGCACAAUGAGCUGGAGAAACACAGACGUGCCAAACUACGGCUCUACUUGGAGCAGUUGAAGAAGCUGGUGCCUUUGGGUCCAGACAGCACGAGACACACCACUCUGAGCUUGCUAAAAAGGGCCAAGAUGCACAUCAAGAAGCUGGAAGAGCAGGACAGGAAGGCUUUAAAUGUGAAGGAGCAGCUUCAGAGAGAGCACCGCUACCUCAAACGCCGCCUGGAGCAGCUCUCCGUGUCCGGAUCUGUGGAGCGCAUUCGCACCGAUAGCAUGGGCUCCACCAUCUCCACCGACUCAGAGCAAGAGGUGGACAUCGAGGGCAUGGAGUUCACGCCCGUCGAGGCAGACAGCGUGGACAGCAUCAGCGACGGCGAGGAGGAGGACCAGUACAGCCUCCAGAGCAGCUCCAGUGACAACAGCUACACGGGCACACAUUCCCACAGACUGCAGCCACACCACUGUUAGACCCAUGGCGGACAUCCAUCUGUCGACCAGCUUCCUCACCCAUCCACGCUUCCCUCGCCUCAUCCCCCUCCCUUCCACUCUCCCCCUUUUGUGUUCGCCUACGCCGCCCACUACCUACGCCACCUACACAAGACCACGAUGGCAGUACCCCCGAGCCUAUUCUGUCCACACUUAAGACUUCCUGACUUUUCCUCCCUUCUCUGACCACUGAUCCUACCUCACCCUACUGUAUCCUGCCUGACCCCGCCCCCUCCUUAAACACCUGCCCUUUUUACCACCCAAACAGCGCAGAGCAGAGUUUGUAGUUUUUAAUCUGGGAGUUCUGUGGUCAGGUGCACAGCUUUGACCUGUUAAUUGGUUCGAGAAAAGUAAAAGGAGUGAGUUAUUAUCAGGUGGCAGUAAUACCACACACAGUUUGCGAUAUAACAGAUGAAGCAGUUCGGUUUGUUCUGCAGUAUAUGCAACAUUGGGAACCUCGGUAGUCAUUUUCAUCAUACAGAUUCUUCCCUUUUACACAGCAGGAUUGUGCAGGAGGUGUCCUCACCUUUCCUUGAAACAUCUGAUUGGUGAAAAAUGUCGAAACCUUAGAGUUUCUCAUUUGGAUGCGGUGGCAGGAUGUGCUCAAUCCACUGCCACCGCCCGAGCGUACCCAGUAUGGAAAGCAUUUUGCUUCACUUUUCAUGCGCAUCGAACAAACAAAGCACGACUCUGAUACCUUCACAGUCACUGUGCACAUGCGAGAAGUUUAUCCACCACAUCAAACUCUCCACAAAACGGUGAAUUAAGCUAGCCCUUAAAUGUCCAAACUUCUUACUUACUCGACUCGAAAAUGUGUCCACAGGCCACCUGAGAAGGUUCGAGAGCUGCAGCAGAGCAGGAAGAAUGUAAAUAGAUGUACAGAUACUGUAGAAACCCUCGUGUCUCCCCUCUGGUUGGGUCGCCUAACCACUACUCCACACUACUGACCACUACACUAUACCACCCUAUGGUGUGGAUGGACUACUAUGUCAAACAAUGAGAAAAAAAAGGAGUUUCCUCACAACUAAAACUCUACUCCUUACAUUUGACUCAAAUCUUGUUUCCUUCUCAGUAGCUAAUUGAUGUAGCAAUAAAUACAUGAGGCGGGUGCUUCCUCUGAGUGUUUAAUCGAUUCUGGCAGACCAUGAGGUUCUAUGGGAGACUUUUUUUUUUUUUUUUUUUUUUUUUUAUUUCUAGAUGGGGAUUUGUCGCUCACCAUUAACAGACCUGCAUCUCCUUCACUAACGGAUGCUUCUCUGUGAGCGCGUCACCAUCUACCCAGAUCUCGCAUUUCUCUGCAGCUCUUGUCGCCUUCUCGGUCAGAAGUCGGUGGUAUUUUAAAUAAUUGUUUAAAUCGAUUAACAAGUCAAAGCUGUAAACACCCGGGAGGGGAGGGAGGGCAAGCUUGUAGUGAUUUGUUCACUUUAGAGGCACUCGUUUUUAGCUAACCUAGCAAACUAAUCACUUUCCUUAUCCCCUCGGCUGAUCUGUCGCUUAUUUGCGAAGCUUCGGGCACGGCUGAACACCGAUGUAGGUGAACCUUGUUCUCUAACCCGUCUGUAACUUAUGCACAUUAGUCACUGUUGACGAACGAGGCGCUUCUGUCGCUCUCUGACCGUUUAAUAAUCCUUAGCCCCGGUCUCUGGCAGUCCUUUAGAGCUUGGCACUUUAAAAAGAAAAAGAAAAAAAAACACACACACACAGACACAAAAAGGGGCAGGCCACUGAGACGGAUCUGACCCCACCCAAAAAAAAAAAAAAAAGAACUACAAAAGACUCGAACGAAAAAGAAAAA